CCGGUGCUGAACUUUGGUUGGGGUGGGCUGCCUUCUCUUUUCCUUAAGGACCCAUUACUUAGGUUUUCUGGCCCAGUUUCGAUGUCACAGUCAGUCGUAGCGGGGGAACGAUGGGGCCCACGGAGGCCUCUCGGGCUGUAAAGAAGCAGCAGCAAUUCUUCGGGGUCUACCUCCUAUACUGUCUAAAUCCGAAAUACAGAGGCCGCGUCUAUGUGGGCUUCACCGUGAAUCCUUCUCGGAGAAUCCAGCAACAUAACGCCGGACGCAAAAAGGGAGGAGCGUGGCGGACUAGUGGGCGGGGACCAUGGGAAAUGGUCCUCAUAGUCCAUGGCUUUCCUUCUGAUGUGGCUGCCCUUAGGUUUGAGUGGGCUUGGCAGCACCCUGGGUCCUCCCGACGUCUGGCUCACAUAAGUGGCAGAACCAGGAAGGAAGGAGCCUUUUUCUUCCACCUCCGGGUCUUGGCCCAGAUGCUGCAGGUGGCCCCUUGGAAUCGGUUGCCCCUCACUCUUCGUUGGCUACGACAGGAAUUCCAGCAGGAACUCAGUCCUCCACCUCCCCAGCACAUGCCUCUAGCUUUUGGACCUUUGCAACCAGGCUUCAAUCAGAGGAGCAGGGGAGAGGUGGGCAGGGAUGCAGAUGAGGUCUUCUGCUCUCUCUGCCAGCAGCUAGUCCAGGAUAAGAAUGGACUCCUCUGCUGCCCUCACCCCAGUUGUCCACUGAAUGCUCACCUGACUUGCCUAGCUGAGGAAUUCCUACAAGAAGAACCUCAACAGCUUCUGCCCCUGAAGGGCUGCUGCCCAGGCUGUAAGAACACUUUGCUAUGGGGAGACUUGAUUCGUCUACACCAGGCAUAUCCUAGCAAUCUGGAUGAGGUAGAAUCAGACUUUGAAGAGACACACUGGACAGAUGACCUGAAGACUUAAAUGUUCACCUUUUUAUGCUUUAAAGGACCUAACCUUCCAAGAAAGCUAGCUUUAUAUUCUACCUCCAGCAGGCUUGGCGGGUGUGUGUGUGUGUGUGUGUGUGUGUGUGUGUGUGUGUAAAUAAUUUUUAAUAAACAGAUGGAAAAAGCUAGAUUUAGAGUUUAAAAAACUAAAUUCAAAUCUUGGCUCUAGUACUCAUCAGCUAUAUCAGACUAGUGCUAGAGAUUUAUUCAUAUAAGUAAUUAUGAUAAAGAGUCUAAGCUAAAUGUUGGCUACUUUGGGCUAGGGGGAAAAAAGGAAGAACCUGAGGUGGAGGUCACAGAAACCAAAUGUGUUUUCUUACACAUGGGAUUUAACUUGAAGGAGACAGAUGAAAACAAUCAAAGAAGGAAGGGGAAGGAAGAUGACACAGACUUUCCCUGCCUAUAGGUAGGAACUUAUUCUAGCAGUACAAAUACUGCAACAAAGGGAAUAACUAUAGGCACCUGACAUUAGGACUCCUGUGCUUUUAGGAUCCUACAUUUCCUACAUUCCUGACCUCAACUUUGUUUUAACUCCCUUAGUGCUAGUGACCAAAGGGAAAGCUCAUAGCAACUUGGAAGAAUUCAAGGGAGAAGAAAAAGAUAAAAAAAACCGGAGGGAGGGAAAGGAAAGAAGCUUGUUAAAAUGAGAUCUGUCUCAUUCAUUUGUUCAUUCAUUUAAUACCUCAUCAAAACUCCAGAUAUAUUCACCAGCCAUUCCCACUUGGAUGUUUUACUGUCAACUUGACAGAUGAAGGAAGGAAAAUCUUCCUUUUGCCUCCCUGCACAGAUAUCCAUUGGGUCUCUUCCUUCCAUUUUCCUGGUCUUGCUAGACACAAAACACCCCUAUUCUAUCUUGGCAUAAACAUGGUUACUUCCACCACUUCAGUGAACAAUCUCACCAACUGCAAUCCAUCUGGACUUUACCCUUUGCCCAGCAACCAUGCCCCAAGGGCUACUGGGCCUUACCAUCUGCAGCACCUAUUAUUGUGUCCUAAGAACCCCUGGAACUUGCCAUCUGCCUUGCCUCUGAAUUACAUGUGUUAUCUCCCCUAAUUAGAAUGGAAUCUCCUUGGGAAAAGAGAUUGUCUUGAUUUUCUUUUUGUAUCCUCAGCACCUAACAGAGCUUAACAUACAGUAUAUAAGCACUUAAACAAAAUGUUUUUUUAAUUCAUUUACUUUCAAUAGUGUUUCCAAAUUAUUGACAAAUGUUAAUCUUCAGGAUUUGGGAAUGAGAAAUUGGAAUUCACAAAAUCAUGUUCUGUAUUUUAAAAAAAAUAAUGAUGAGUGAUCAUAAUAAAGAGUGAAUCAUUUUUCUGUGAUAAGGUAAUCCUAAUAAAAGUUUCAGAUUUUCUAUAAAAAA